AUUUCUGCAAGGCAAAGGGUUCUUGAACGGAACGACUCCAGUAACGUACGCACUACCCCUCCGCGGCCUCCCCCGGCUAACAUGCGCACCACCCCCACUCUCCCCAACUUUUCCACCUGAAAUCCCUUUUAUCACUAACAUGCGCCAUCUCCACCACUUCAUCACCGCCAUGGCCCCUUCCUCCUCCCUCAAAAAAACCCCAAUUCCCAAAACCCCCGCGCCCUACCCCCUAAAUUCCUCAAAUUGCCCCUCCCUCUGCCGCCACUCCCCCUCCGCCACCCUCGACCUACUCAUCUUCAUCCUCGUCCUCUUCUCCGGCGCCUUCUUAAUCGUCUCCUGCUUCUCCUACCUCUUCCAGUCCCUCUCUCUCAUCCUGCCCCCCUUCUCCACCAUCGCCGCGCAUUUCCAGCGCCAUUUCGCCUCCAAUCCGCAGUCGCAGCUGAUCAUCUUCACGCUAUUCGUCGUCUCCUUCGUCGGCUUCGUUGUCUUCUUCGAGAUCUGCUGUGGGCACAGAUCGAGAAGGUGCGAGAGGAAAGGGUGUAGAGGGCUGAAGAAGGCGAUGGAGUUCGAUUUGCAGCUGCAGGGAGAGGAGCUGCUCCGCGCUGGCGAUGGGAAUAAGGCGGUGAGAGAUGUGAAUGAGCUGCCGUGGAAAGGGGGCGGCGACGAUAACCCUGAUUACGAGUGCCUAAGGGCGGAGCUGAGGAAAAUGGCGCCACCUAACGGCCGUGCUGUGCUACUCUUUCGCGACAAAUGUGGCUGCCCCGUUGCCAAGCUCGAAGGCUGGGGGCCGAAACGCGGCCGCCGCCACAAGAAGAGCCUGUCUCUUGCUGUUGGAGGAGAACAAAGGUGAUGGUGAGUGUCUUGAUCAUACAAUGGCCAAUUUUGUCUUUUUGGCAUCAGUUUCAUGUUCUAGAACUGUAUUAGAAAGAACAAUCUCCUUUAAUGUUAUCAGUUUACAUAGGAACUUAAACCUUAAAAACCUACAUUAUUGGGGAAGAGUAUCUUGUCUUUCUCUAUGCCAAAGUAAUUGAAAAUAAAUAGACAAGUGAUUUAAAUGGUUUGAA